CCCUGCGUCUUACAAUCCGUGUUUAUAAAAUGUUCCCCGGUACGUCGGAUGCACUCGAUGCGUACAUUCGAAAACUAUCUGAAGACAUCAAGGCAAAUGAGUACAGCACGCCUAGUGCGAAGCCAGAUUAUCGGAAGAUUUACAGACUUGCUACCAACCGGAAGCAUUUGUCCAGAAAAACAUUGACCUCCGAUGGACUGAGAGCAGUCUCGCUGGCUAGUAUGCUCGUGCGUGAACAUGGACUUCCGACCAGCUUUGUGGAACUGUUUGCCGAACUGACUGUGCGCCAUUUGCACAUCCUCCGUGUCAACGCUCUGGUCCUGCAUUGCUCCGUGGACGAACCAUCGAAGAACGAGUACAGCUCGAGUUCGGUGCCAUACGCGCUAGUUCUGGUUACGACGGGCAGCAUGUUCAACCAUUCGUGCGACGCGAACGUGGAGUAUUCGCUGUCACCUGACGGUGCAAUUAUGUUUGUGGCUAAUCGUUACAUUCCAAGAGGCACACAGAUGCUCAUCAACUAUCGUAUCGAUCCCACGGAUACCAGAUAUGCCUUUGAAUGCUACUGCCAGAAGUGUACAACGAAACGUAUACUCGAUCAACCAUCAACACUCACGGAAAUUCCGAAAAGAUUGUAAAGUGUUCGAUCAUCUAUCAUCUAUUUCGGAAAACAGGGAAUGAUUUCAAAGGUUUUCCGGAAACUCAUCCUCGCGAAGGAUGUUAACAGCCGGGUUAACCGGAGGGAGAGAUAAGUCUCUAACAGUGACUUAUUGGCAUGCCUCUUACAGGAUGUUUAUUGAUAAUUAGUUCCAAUUAUAAGAAGAAUAGUACCAGUUUUUAAAUCAUUUCAAGAUACAUCGAACAUUUCAAGCCUUUGUAGAGGUCACCUCUGACCCAUCAUCCUUAUCACAUAAAUCAUCUGAUUUGCAUACAAUGUAAGACAGAUACUGUGUUUUAGUAAUUCAAUCAAUAAGGCACAUACAUCAAUAUCUGUGUUUUCUUCAUUGGCCAGGGUUAAAUCGAAAAAUCAUAAAAAACAUUAAUUUAAUGCUUUUCAAAAUACUUCUGUACGCAUUUCUUAUACGUUUGUUUGACUAAUACUCAUAAUUCAACGUAUUCGGAAUUGAAGAAGCUUCAAGCUAAUGGCCAGAUUAUG